AGCAACCAGGCAGCUCCACCAUCACACGUAGCUCAAGCACACAGAGACAGUCGUUGCACCAAUGGCGACGUCGCGGGCGGACGUGGAGAAGGGCGGGUCGACGAAGAUGAAGCAGGAGCCGGGCAAGGUGCCGGCGCCGCUGUACCCGCAGCACGAGGGCGAGCGCGAGUGGACGCCGUGGCUGGUGCCGUCCAUCUUCGUCGCCAACCUCUGCGUCUUCGUCAUCGCCAUGUACUACAACAACUGCCCCGCCAAGACCAAGGCCCGCGACGGGCAGUGCGUCGCGCGGUUCCUAGGCCGCUUCUCCUUCCAGCCGCUCCGCCAGAACCCGCUGCUCGGACCAUCAUCUGCGACGCUGGAGAAGAUGGGCGCCCUGGUGUGGGACAAGGUGGUGCACGGGAACCAGGGGUGGCGCCUCAUCACCUGCAUGUGGAUGCAUGCCGGCCUCCUCCACCUCCUCGCCAACAUGCUCAGCCUCCUCUUCAUCGGACUCCGCCUCGAGCAGCAGUUCGGAUACAUUCGGAUCGGCGCGAUCUACCUCCUGUCCGGCGUGGGCGGCAGCGUGCUGUCGUCGCUCUUCAUCCGCAACGCCAUCUCCGUGGGCGCCUCGGGCGCGCUCUUCGGCCUGCUGGGCGCCAUGCUCUCGGAGCUCAUCUCCAACUGGACCAUCUACACCAACAAGGUGGCGGCCGUGACCACGCUGUUCUUCGUCAUCGCCGUCAACCUGGUGCUGGGCAUCCUGCCCCACGUCAACAACUUCGCCCAUAUCGGCGGCUUCCUCACGGGGUUCCUCCUCGGCUUCGUGCUGCUCAUGCGCCCGCACUUCGGGUGGAUGGAGCGCUACAGCCUCCCCGCCGGCAGCCCCUGCACCGCCAGGAAGUACCUCGCCUACCAGUGGGUGCUCAUGGCCAUCGCCCUCAUCCUCGCCGUCGCCGGAUUCGCGAUCGGGCUGGCGAUGGUGUUCCGGGGGUCGAACGCCAACGACAGCUGCAGCUGGUGCCACUACCUCAGCUGCGUCCCCACCGCCAAAUGGAAAUGCACCAACUGAGCUACACAACACGAGCAGAGUUUUCCCUGUCACGCAUUCUUCCUGCCCCCACGUCCCGUUGAUACAUAUCUGUAGAUAGACAUGAUUUGGCUGCAUACUGUAGACAGACAGGAGCCGUUGGGCCGGGUCUUAUCUCUUCUUGUCCAUUUGAUUUAUUCUUUGUAAUGAAAAUUAUUGAGGUGUUUGGAAUCUCUCGUGAUC